GCUGGAGUGUUUGAGCGAAGCGCUCUGCCCACGAACUCGAACUCACCGCCAGCGCUUCGCCCGUGCUCAACCCGCCCUCGUCCAGGCGGGGCUUCAUGCUCAAGAAAACGGAUCGCUGCUGUCCCGAGCAUCUUUCGUUUCGUCUGUCUCACAGCGCCAACCAUGCUGGGACUAUCUUUGCCUUAGUGUUCGGGCGCAUUGCGAGGGGUGGAUAGCGCUUCGUUUUGCCCAGCCUGCCGUGGCCUGUCGCGUUGUUUCUGCGCUGAAGCUGCUCUGCUCGUCCCGCUCGCAUCCUCUCGUCUCGAUGAUUGUUGACUCGUCGAAGCUGCCGGAUUCCGCUCGCGUGCACUCGACGAUUCGUGCCUGGCAAUCGCACGGCUCUGCUGGCUGUCUGUCACGCCUUCUUUGCGGCUAGCACCCGCUGCCGACGGACUCUAGGGUGAGCUUGUUUUGCUCCUCCAAACACUGUCAAACGUCUCGCUUCGCCCAAAACUGCAGCACGCCCCCCUCUCUAACGCGCCCAGUUUUGAAACUGCUUCUCCCAUGGCCCAAAUCGCUCGUCAACUUCAUGCGCUUGCCCGCUUUCUCAACCGCUUUCCGGGCUCCCAGAUCUCGUCCAGCCCGUGCUCCCUGCCGCUUGCAGCCUAGCCUGUCUCGUGUCAGGGUUCUUCCAAACAUUCUGCCUUCAGAGCGCCGGCUUCCACCUGGAUGGCGAUCAAAACUUAGCUGCAGGACUCAGGUUUGAAAACGAUGCCACCAACAGAUUCUGCCACUCCAAUCACCCGUGCGCCAGAAUGGGCCCUGCGAACCACGCGUUUCUUGUCACCAGGAAACUCUAUAUCUUGUCCGAUGCCCCAAGUUUCCCAGGCCUCAACCGCAACUGAUCAAUCGGCACCGUCUUUUGGUUUCAUUAGCAGCCUUGUAAUACUUUCUUUUACUACCCACUGGUUGGGCUGCCUUACUUUCUUUAAUUCUGAUUGCUGAGCAACAAACUUGUGCCUUUGAACGCCUAGUAAUACCUUCUUUUCAACAAAAAACAUACAACUCCUCACCCAACGAGUACCAUCAUUCAACCGCUUCGCUGUUAGCCAUUGGAUCGAUCCAUCAGUCUCCAAACAACAUCACCACCACCAAUAUGCUUCCUCAUCAACCCCAGAUCCUCUCCCCUCUUGCUGAGAUGGACACCCACUCCUCGUCCACUUCCAGCCUUCGUGCUCGGAAGAUGUCCACUUCGGGAGGAAACCGAUCCUGGUCUGAAGAAGAGGAGAACUACCUUCUCCAGACCCGUAUGCAGAAGAUGCCCUACAAGCACAUCGCUGCCCACCUGAAGAAGACCGAGUUGGCUUGCCGUCUUCACUUCCACCAGCUUUCGCACGGCAGCCACCGCCGCAAGCGUACCUCUUCCGUCUCUUCGGUCGCUUCAUGCAGCUCCGCCGGCCAGUCAAGUUAUGGCAUGUCCAUGGAUCAUGACUCUUACUCCCAGUCGUCCCGCCAUGGCUCUCCAGUGAGCUACACCGGCAGCCCCAAUGUACGGGCCAUGUCGGUUGGUACCUCUCCCGGUCGCAGCCAGCACAAGAUCCUGCUCCCCAAGCCCCGUCCCAUGACUCCAAGGGAAUCUCCUGAGCCUCACAAUGCUCUUCGCAUCAACACAGAGGUCGUUCCUCAGCCAAGGGUUGUCGACACCGACCGUCUCCGUGCCAUCUACGAGUCUCGCCGCCAGCAGUUCUGGGCCACCGUUGCAGCCGACUAUGGCGCCGAUGUCUCUCCCGCCCAGCUUGAGGAGAUCUGGCGCACUGGUGCCAACGGUGUGCGUCCCCCAACGCCCGAUGCUUCCCCCGACGGCAGCAUCAUGCAAAACCCCAUGCUGAAGCCCUCUCCCUUCUCUUACGCAUCGCCCAUCAGCCACGACGCCAAGCACUUCAGCCCCUUGAACAACGCUAGCGCCGUCUCUGCUCCGGAGCGCCUGCCCUUCAUGCUCCCCAUGCCUGUCCCUUCCGUAGGACGUCCCAGAUCUGGAACGUGGAGCUCGGCUCCUCGUGACAACGUCCCCAUUGCGAGCUUGUUGACCGAGGACAAGAACCCUCGGGCCAUGUAG